AGAACACACACCCAGGGGCCAAAGACCUGCUUUCUAAGGGUGCAAUUGCGGUGGCCCGCUCAAUGAUACCAGGGGCACUUAGUGCAGUCGACAAGACCAUGGAGGAAACGUUCAUGCACUUUGCCAAAUCAUCAGGUGGCUUCACUGGACUAUACAGCCAGUUUGGGGCAUACCAGAGGUGGUGUCGAACAACCUCCACACGGGCAGUUUUAUGAAAAGACCCUUGAGAUGGUGGACCUCAUCAAAGACCCUAGACUGCCAAAGGGCGGGGAAACAUCGGGAGCUGGAGAAGGCAGAGGUCAAAAAGGGUCAUCCAGUAUCAGGAGCAAAGCAAUCUUGCUUUCCUGCUCCUUGUCAAUUGUCAAGGAGCCACGUGCAGAGGAGCCAUUGGACUUGGAGGAACUCAUGAAAUAUCCCCUAAUGCCUGUGCCCCCUAGCCUUGGGACACCAGAUGGGUUUUUCUCCAAGACUAAUAAAGCGGCUCUUCUGCACUACAUUCUGGAGGACACCACCCCAAAGGAUCUGCCAUACCCUAAGGAUGCCCUGUUCAUCCAGGAUGGCAUGGCUCUGCUCCAUGUCCUCACCAACCUUCCCUCAACCUGUGGGGAGAUAUGCCUACAAGUGCUUGAUCAGAUGGUGGCCAAAAAGCACUUUUUGUUCUCGACUGACAGUUACCAUCCAGGAUCUAUCAAAGCACAGGAGAGGUUGAGACGUGGCAGUUCAGAGAAGAUCAUUUUGGCUGGACCACUACUGCUGCGAGUAUGGAGUGAUCAACAGGCAGCUUCAAGUCUGGAGAGAACAGAAAUGGCAGUGCUGAUUGUGGAAGGGAGAGCCCAUCAACUUCUCUCCUCAAAUGGCAAGGUUGAGGUACGUGAGCUCCCCACAAUCUACAGCAACCAGGAAGAGACUGAUACAAGGGUGGUACUCUACCUUCAUCACGCUGCUGCCCUUGGGUACAAGAAUGCUGUAGUCAGAACACCUGACACAGAUAUCUUUGUGAUUCUUCUUUACCACGCUCAUGCCAUCGAGCUGACUAUAUACCUGGAUACGGGGUCAGGGAAACAUAGACAACUUCUCAACCCCUCUGAGCUCGCAGAAUCCCUGGGAGAAGACUACUGUGCCACACUUCUUGGAUUCCAUGUGUUCAGCGGAGAAGACUGCACCAGUGCCUUCAAAGGGAAGGGGAAGGUGGGGCCCUUGAAAAAGCUGGAGAAGAACCCGAAGUUUCACAGGGCGUUCAGUCAACUCGGUGACAACUGGAAUGUCAAACCUGAGGUACUGAAGCAGUUGGAGCAAUUCACCUGUCUGAUAUAUGGAGAGAGUCGUGAGUCUUCAGUGGACGUAGUCCGUGCCAAGUUGCUGCGCAAAAUGGUGGGGCAGGACGAUAAACUCACUGCCAAGUCUAAGGUUGACCUGGCUCGCCUUCCUCCAUGCUAUGAUGCUCUGAAGCCGCACGUCCAACGUGUGAACCAUCGCGUCGCCCUGUACAAGCGAGCUGAUGAAUCAAUUUUAGAAAAACCAAACCCCUAUGAUGAGGAGCAGGGAUGGAUGAGGACUGAUGGAGUGUUGAGACCGGUGUGGUCCUGUGGUCCUGUUCUGCCAACCUCCCUGGUUGAUCUCCUGGACACGACAGAGCGUGAACAGGAAGACGAAGAGGAAGAGGAAUUUGACUCUGAUGAUAGCAUUGAAAACGAUGAUUGA